AUGUCAUUCAAGUGUGUCGUCCUCGCAUGUCUGGUGGCUGCUACCAGCGCUGGCUUAAUCCCAGCUGCACCACUGUCAUAUGCCACAGGCCCUGUGGUACACACCGCCCCCUUAGUUCACAGCGCACCUGUUGCCUACGCUGCCCCCAUCGCCAAGGUUGUCGUUGAAGAGUAUGACUCACAUCCACGGUACAGUUUCGCCUACAACGUACAAGAUGGUCUUACCGGAGACUCCAAAACUCAGCAUGAAACUCGUGACGGCGAUGUCGUUAAGGGCUCCUAUUCAGUCGUCGACCCCGAUGGUACUAAGCGCACUGUCGACUACACCUCUGACCCCCACAAUGGUUUCAACGCAGUCGUGCGAAAAGAAGCCCUCGGUGUGAAGGUGGCCGCCGUUGCUCCCGUAGCCAAAAUCGCUGCUCCAGUCGCCUACGCCGCCCCCAUUGUUCAUGCGACACCUAUUGCUAAGAUCGCCGCCCCAGCUUACGCCUACUCUGCUCCCAUCUACCACCACUGA